CUCCGAUCGAGGCACAACCCGUUAUCCAUGUACAUGACACCGAGUCGCAGGGUGAGAUUCUGUCGAUAGAGGCACAACCUGCAGUGGUUAAGAGUCGGAAGAGGAAGAGAAAGCCUCCUGUAUGGUUCGGUGACUAUACGGAGAUGAAGGAGACAUAGGCCAUCUUCGACUUUUGAUCCCCUGGAGCCACCGGAUGAGAAAUUGUUAACCACUUUCCGAAAGUGGUGUGUUGGACUCAUUCCGAACCACCGACUUCGGGAUUUGAGAAGUGGUGAUUACGGUCCAGGAUUCUUUUGGAUAAUGCUCACACCAAAGGAAUGGCUUACAGAUGACCAUAUAGAUGCAGCAAUGCAUAUGCUGAGGAGGCGACGCACCGACUAUCCACUGACAUUUCCUCAGAAGGGUGUCAUUCUCUCCACAUUCGUGACGACCAUGAUCAGCAGUGCAUGGACGAGCCACAAGGGUCCGAGGAAAAACUUUGUGUGGGAGGAUUAUAUCCUGGACUACUGCAGAGGGGUUCAUAAGUCCCAAGUCUUUGAGAGAUGGAGGGGUAACGAGUUUAUUUACUUCGUUCUGAACCUUCCCGAGGCAAGGCACUGGGUCACACUUGAAGUCGACAUAGAGCUGUGGAAAAUUAAUGUCUACGACUAUGAUUCCAGCGUCUGUCAUUGGACCGCCUUGGAACUCAUCCUGAAGACUUGGGGAGAACUGCUGCCCUCGCUAAUCCUUGCAACCGGGGAAUUUCCACAUAACAACCAGAUCAUGGCGUUAACUAACAGGGACAUCACGGUGCUUCCAAAAAUGCACUCGACUCGAGCCACUCACGACUUAGUUCCGAAGUCAACAACCAGGUACAUAGCGAUAAAAAAGUACUAUAGUAUUAAAAUAUGUUUUACGUUAGACUGACUUUACAUUUUAUUUUGCAUUUAGUGGUGAUUGUGGCGUCUAUUGCAUUGAGUAUGUGGAGCAUCUCAUGAUGCAGCGUGGAUUGACCGA